AUGCCUAGGCGCACAUCGGCAGCGGACGACUUCUUCUGCGCUCCGGUCGCGGUCUGCGUCGAGAGAGAGCCGUCCCAACAUGUUGCCCCCGGCGUGCAGCCUCGCGGAAAUUCAGCGGCGGAUGGACGAAGUCAGGCGGUUUCUGUCUAUAACGCUGAGCGUCGCCAACGCUCACACCGUGGAGUUCUACACUCACGACGUGUGGCAGCGGUUCGUGGCCGUGCCGCCGGAGGAGGUCCUGUCGGCCGUUCGCUCCGACAGUGGCCAGCAGAGGGAGCCCGAGUUUAAAGGGAAAGACCAGUCCAGGACCACAUUUGGCUUUUGCACUGAUACAAAACGGCUGGUUGAUACCCAUGAACUUUUGCAGGCAGCCAAGGCCAACUCACUUCCAGGCCUUGGAGUCUGUUGGAGCAGGGACGAGCUACUGCAGGCCCUCAGAGAGAGCAGGUCUGAGUCUGGCGCUCCACCAGCAGACACAGGUUCUGAGCUGGAGCCAGAUGAGUUUAUGAACUUUAAGAAAUCUCAUGAGGUCCAGUCCAUGUCCGAGGUGGUGGCCUGUUUGGCCCAGCGCUGUGGAGUCAAACAGGUGAUAGACGUGGGCUCGGGGAAAGGCUACCUGAGUUCUUUCCUGUCCCUGCAGUAUGGUCUCCGAGUCUACGGCAUCGACUCCUCAAGCACCAACACCCAUGGAGCCCAGGAGAGGAACAGGAAGCUGAAGAAGUUCUCCAGGGCGUACCAGAAACACACCAAGGCCGAGAAGGCACAGGGAGAGGCCACACGUUCACCUCAGGAGGAGUUGGGAGAAAUAAAGCCUGGACUGAAUGGAGACAGUGAUGUUUUGUGUGGUGCUGGGGAGGGAACUGUGUUACAGGAGGAAGCGAAGGUGUUAACUUCAUUAUCAGAUGUGAACCCCGCAGUUGAAAGGCAUUCAGAGCCAAAUCCAGACACAGGGGAGCUCUUCCUUAGCGCCCUAUCAGUGGAUGUGAUACAGACUACAUCCCCCAGAAUUCCCCCCAGCCAGCUGAGCGCUGAGGAGAGGGAGAGGAGGAAGAGGGAGAACCUGGAGAGGAAAGCUCUGAACAGAGCCGGCAGCGCCAGCGCCGUGUUUUCACCCCUCACAUCUCAUGUCACAGCGGAAACUGAGCUCCGAGAGCUCAUCGGCGAGCUGGAGGAUGCGGUCAUGGUCGGCCUGCACACGUGUGGCGACUUGGCUCCCAGCACCCUGAGGAUGUUUGCGGCUAAGCCGGAGCUGGCUGCAGUCUGCAGCGUGGGCUGCUGCUAUCACCUGCUGUCUGAGGAGUGUGACCCUGCCCAAGAGGAGCGUUCGCACGGUGUGUGCGGCUUCCCUCUGAGUCAGUACCUCCGUGACCAGUCCUGGUUCUGCGGCAGAAACGCCAGGAUGUCCGCGUGCUUGGCACUGGAGAGAGUUUCGCUCGGCCAGGGGAUUCAGAUGGAGUCUCUGUUCUACCGGGCAGUCCUUCAUGUUAUCCUGAGGGACCACUACAGCUCCUAUAAAAGUGAAAAGCGAGUUGGGAACGUCUACGCCAAGGCUAAAUCGUUCGUGGACUAUGUUCGUCGAGCUCUACGCAGACUGGAACUGGAUGAAUCAAAGCUUUCUGACACCGACAUCCAGGAUUACCAUGACACAUACAGACCACGAAUGGGCGAGAUGCAUGCUUUUAACAUGUUGAAGGUGACCCUGGCUCCCUGCAUCGAAGGUCUGAUUCUCCUGGAUCGCGUGUGCUACCUGAAAGAACAGGAGAACGUAUCUCUGUCUGCCCUGGUGCAACUCUUUGAUCCCCUGCUUUCACCGAGAUGUUACGCCGUCGUCGGACUGAAAAGACCAUCCAGGGAGGCUGGGACGUUGUGGAAUUUAGGGAGACUUGGAUCACCUCGGCUGACAGGUCUGGAAACCCCAUUUCUAGGCUCCCAAACCAGAAGCCGUUGGGAAAAAGACAGACAGGGCAAGAGGCGCCCUUGAUCCCUUCUUAAUCUUUACCUCUGUUCUGCUCUGUCCUCGGUCAUUUAAUAAAUCAUGCUCUUUUUUUACAUGUUUGAAAACAAAUGUUAGAGUUGAGUACA